GGGCGGCGGCGUGGGGAUUGCGCGGCCUCGGCCGGGAGGCUGAGGUUGCUCCCGCUGCAUCCGAGGCUCCGGCGCGUCCAGCGGGGCCGCGAGCUCCCGGCGGCCCAGCGAGUAUGGCGGUGGAGGAGGAGGGGCUCCGCAUCUUCCAGAGCGUGAAGAUCAAGAUCGGGGAAGCCAAAAAUCUCCCCUCUUACCCCGGGCCAAACAAGAUGCGAGAUUGCUAUUGCACCGUGAACCUGGACCAAGAGGAGGUUUUCAGGACCAAAAUCGUGGAGAAGUCACUCUGCCCCUUCUAUGGAGAAGACUUCCACUGCGAAAUUCCUCGGAGCUUUCGCCACCUGUCAUUUUACGUUUUUGAUAGAGAUGUUUUCCGGAGGGACUCCAUCAUAGGGAAGGUGGCCAUUCAGAAGGAAGACUUGCAGAAGUACCACAACAGGGACACCUGGUUCCAGCUGCAGCAUGUGGACGCUGACUCGGAAGUGCAGGGCAAGGUGCACUUGGAGCUGAGGCUGAGUGAGGUCAUCACCGACACGGGCGUUGUCUGCCACAAGCUGGCCGCACGCAUCCUCGAGUGCCAAGGCCUCCCCAUUGUGAAUGGGCAGUGUGACCCUUAUGCCACCGUGACACUAGCAGGUCCAUACAGGUCGGAAGCAAAGAAGACGAAGGUGAGGAGGAGGACUAACAACCCUCAGUUCGACGAGGUGUUCUACUUUGAGGUGACCAGACCCUGCAGCUACAGCCGCAAGUCCCACUUUGACUUCGAGGAGGAGGACGUGGACAAACUUGAAAUCCGAGUUGAUCUCUGGAAUGCCAGUAACUUGAAAUUUGGAGAUGAGUUUCUGGGGGAACUAAGGAUCCCGCUGAAAGUGCUGCGGACAUCUAGCUCCCAUGAAGCGUGGUACUUCCUUCAGCCCAGAGACAAUGGCAGUAGGAGCCUGAAGCCGGGGGACUUGGGGUCCCUGCGGCUGAACGUGGUUUACACGGAAGACCACGUCUUCUCCUCCGACUACUACAGCCCACUGCGUGACCUGCUGCUGAGGUCUGCAGACGUGGAGCCCGUCUCAGCGUCCGCAGCCCACAUCCUGGGCGAGGUUUGCCGGGAGAAGCAGGAGGCGGCGGUCCCGCUGGUACGGCUCUUCCUCCAGCACGGCAGGGUGGUGCCCUUCAUCAGCGCCAUCGCCAACGCCGAGGUCCGGAGGACCCAGGACCCGAACACUAUUUUUCGAGGAAACUCGUUGACAUCCAAGUGCAUUGACGAGACGAUGAAGCUGGCAGGGAUGCACUACCUGCAUGUCACUCUGAAGCCCAGCAUAGAGGAGAUAUGCCAGAGCCACAAGCCCUGCGAGAUCGACCCCGUGAGGUUAAGAGACGGAGAAAACCUCGAAAACAACAUGGAGAACCUGCGGCAGUAUGUGGACCACAUCUUCAGUGCCAUCACCAAGUCUGGGGUGAGCUGCCCCACCGUCAUGUGUGACAUUUUCUUUUCCCUCCGAGAGGCGGCUGCCAAGCGCUUCCAAGACGACCCAGACGUGCGGUACACGGCCGUGAGCAGCUUCGUUUUCCUGAGGUUCUUUGCGCCUGCCAUCCUGUCCCCCAACCUCUUCCAGCUCACGCUCCACCACACGGACCCGCUGACGUCCCGGACACUGACACUUAUCUCAAAGACGAUUCAGACUCUGGGCAGCUUAUCCAAGUCUAAGUCCGCCAGUUUUAAGGAAUCAUACAUGGCUGCAUUUUAUGAAUUCUUCAAUGAACAGAAAUACACUGAGGCGGUAAAAAACUUCUUAGAUUUGAUCUCGUCCUCUGGGAGAAGAGACCCCAAGAGCAUAGAGCAGCCCAUCCUGCUGAAGGAAGGGUUCAUGAUUAAGAGGGCGCAAGGGCGGAAGCGUUUCGGGAUGAAGAAUUUUAAGAAAAGAUGGUUUCGCCUGACAAACCAUGAAUUCACCUACCAGAAAAGCAAAGGGGACCAGCCACUCUGCAGCAUUCCCAUCGAGAACAUUCUGGCCGUGGAGAAACUGGAGGAGGAGUCCUUCAAGAUGAAGAAUAUGUUCCAGGUCAUCCAGCCCGAGCGGGCGCUGUACGUCCAGGCCGACAACUGCGUGGAGGCCAAGGCCUGGGCUGACACGCUCACGAAAGUGAGCCAGCACAACCAGCAGCGUCUCACCAUGUUCCACCCAUCUGCCUACCUGAACGGCCGCUGGUUGUGCUGCAGGGCCUCCUCAGACAUAGCUGCUGGCUGCACGCCCUGCACCGGUGGCCUCCCGGCGAACAUCCAGCUGGACAUUGAUGGGGACCGAGAGACGGAGCGUAUCUACUCCCUCUUCAACCUGAACAUGAGCAAGCUGGAGAAGAUGCAAGAGGCCUGUGGGAGCAGAUCCGUGUACGAUGGGCCGGAGCAGGAGGAAUACUCCUCAUUUGUCAUUGACGACCCCCAGGAGACCUACAAGACGCUGAGGCAGGUCAUCACCGGGGUCGGGACCUUGGAGCAGGAGCAUGCCCAGUACAGAAGGGACAAGUUCCAGAAGACCAAGUAUGGCAGCCAGGAACACCCCAUCGGGGACAAGAGCUUCCAAAGCUACAUCCGGCAGCGGUCUGAGACCUCCACCCACUCCAUUUAAGCUGCAGAGAAGGAGGAGCUGCGGGCGGGCGGCGCGCUCAGCUGCACAGCGGCUCUCGGGUCUCGCGCUGCCCCGGCCUCCGUGCUGCCGUUUUGUUCACGCCCGCGGCCGGUGUCCCAAGCCGGCCCGCCCUCUGCGGCGCGUGGCCCCGUGUGUGUCCUCGCCUUUGCUGGCUCUGCAGCGUCCGCCCCCAGGACGCUGGCACCUGCCUAGACGUUCUGCUUCAGCACUGCCGGGACGGAAGAGCCUCACUUCUCUCCUCGGAGCCUCCACUGGAGGCCCGGCAGACGGCCCUUGGCUUCAGCUUCUGGGGUGGUGUUCCUGGCUGCAGAGUGGGUUUUGUGGCUGUGCACAACUGCACAGAGAUACCAGUUGGAGGAUGUUCUUCAUAUUUUGGGGGGCAUGGGGCUUUCUGCAGAGAGCUCCUGGGGGCAUCCCAGUCCCCCUUCUCAGAGGCUGACUCCAAGACGCACCCACAGCCUGCAGGUGCCAGAGACGGGCUGAGCUGGGUAUCUGUGCAGUCCCCACUUCAAGCACAAGACGUGUUGUUCCGCUCUCGGGAUUAAAGCAGGACCCACGUUUGCCACCCCUUGUGGAAGUGUGGGGAAGAUUUUAAAAUUGGAAAUGUGCGUAAUUCUCAAGCUGUUUUUCUUAAUAUUUUUAAACUCUGUCUUUGAUAUAAAGUGCACCCAGACCUGUACUCAUCAGAGGGGAGGUCACAGCAGGGCCAUAAAGGGAGCAGGCAGCAUCCUCAUGCGAGCCAAUUAAAGGUACCCGGGGGAAAUUGAGGGAAAGAGGAGGCGCAGAGCUCGAAGGGUCACCCUCGCCGGUCAGGUGUCUGGCCCAGGCCCUUAGCAGCUGUGAAGCCCAGAAGCUCUAGGUCAGGGACCGGCUUUUUUUCUUUUGGGCAGGGGUCCUUCCACAGGGGCAGUGAGCCCCCAACUGGCAUCACGGCAGCAGGCGCCAGCAUUGGAAGCCCCGUCCAAAGAAGCAGGACCACGUGCCCGUGCUCAUCGCUGUCUGCAUCUGCACAUUCUGUCAUUCAGACCCAUUACUGGAUGGCAGACUUACAAAAAUAGGGGAGGAAAUGUUACAAAAAAACCCUUUGGGACACACAGCUAUGAGGCUGCACAGACGUGUGGUUUUUAACAUGGGUUUGUAACUUAAUGUUUCUGUUUAUAAGAUACUAAUGACUUGUGAUGUAUUUUACUGGCCCAUUAAAGUGGACGUUUUAUUCUUU